AUUAGCUCGGGAACAGUUAUCAAAGCAAUUUCACUAUGAUUUCGGAUUGAGAUCUCUUAAUUCGGUUCUUCGUAUGGCGGGUGUCGUAAAAAGAGAAAUGCCAGACGCACCAGAAGCUGUUGUUCUCAUGCGAGUUCUACGUGAUAUGAAUUUUCCGAAAUUCAUUUUUGAAGAUGUUCCAUUAUUUCUUGGGUUGAUUAAAGAUUUGUUUCCUGGUGUUGAAUGCCCACGGAUUGCCUAUCCUGAUUUAAAUGAAACCGCUAAACGUGUUUUACACAACGAUGGAUAUAUUUUUAAAAAUGAGCAGGUUGACAAGGUAAUUCAGCUGUAUGAAACAAUGUUAACGAGGCAUUGUACAAUGAUUGUUGGACCAUCUGGUGGCAGUAAAAGUGUCAUCUUAAAUACAUUGGUUAAAUCUCAAACCGCAAUGGGUUUGCCCACUAAAUGUGUCAUUUUAAAUCCGAAGGCAUGUUCCGUAAUCGAAUUGUAUGGUCAUCUGGAUGCGACAACAAGAGAUUGGAUUGAUGGAUUGUUCUCGAAUAUUUUUCGUGAAAUGAAUAAGGUAACAGCUGAAGAAAAUGUACGACGGUAUAUUUGCUUUGACGGUGAUGUUGACGCACUAUGGAUAGAAAACAUGAAUUCAGUAAUGGAUGAUAACAAGCUGCUGACAUUAGCCAAUGGCGAAAGAAUUCGCUUAUCACCAGAAUGUGCAUUGCUUUUCGAAGUUGGUGAUUUAGCUUUUGCAUCUCCAGCUACAGUUUCACGCGCCGGCAUGGUUUAUGUCGAUCCAAAAAAUUUGGGUUAUCAACCUUAUUGGCAACGUUGGUUACUUUCACGUCCUGAACGUGAACGCGAAAAGAUUAAUGAACUUUAUGAGCGCCUCAUACCCGAAACAUUAGCUUUUAUUAUUGAAGGAAUCGAUGGUUCUAUGCAAUUGGAGCCACUCGAAAUGAUUGUAAUACAAACUGACUUGAAUAUGGUUGUACAGCUGUGCAUAAUGUUAGAUUCUAUGUUGCCGCACACGGAAAACGAUAAAAUCAUAUAUGAUGAUGAAGUGCUUGAAUGUGCAUUCAUACAGUGCAUGUAUUUUUCACUUGGAGCAUCGUUGAUGGACGAUAGUCGAAAACGGUUCGAUGCCUUCAUGAAAAAAUUGAAUCCACUUAUGGCUGUGCAGGAUACUCACGAGAGGCCUGCAAAUACUACACAAUGUCCAACCGCAAAAUCAACGUUAUAUGAAUACUUCUUCGAUAUUGAACGCAAAGAAUGGAUAGCAUGGGAUUGGAUUGUGCCAGAAUACAUUCACAAUUCUCAUUCACAUUUUAACGAUAUUUUGGUACCAACUGUUGAUACUGUGAGAACUGAAUGGACACUUAAUCAAAUGAAUAAGGUAGAAAUCACAUUUGAAAACCGUAUAUAG